CUCUUCCCCAGCGCGUGCAGGACCCCGGGCUGCUUCCCGAAGGCUAGGCGGGACCUGUCAGGGGACGAGAUUCGGAGCCACGUUCUGGAUGAUCUCUUUGGGGAGGAGUGGAAACAUUUGAAAUGCAGCCAGUUCAGAGUCCGAUUUCCUUUGAGGAAGUGGCCGUGCGCUUCACCAAGGCAGAGUGGGCCCUGCUGAGUCCUGACCAGAGAGCUUUGUACAGGGAAGUCAUGGUGGAGAAUUAUGAGAACGUGGCUUUCCUAGCGAUUCCCAAGCCCGUCCUCAUCUCCUGGCUUCAGGCAAGCGAAGAGCCUUUUCCUUUGGUCUCUGAAGAAGAGGCCAGGUUGGCAGGUGAGAAGCAGGAUGACCAGAAUUAUAGCCAGAGACAUGUGGGGUCUUUCGAAACAACCAGUCAUGGAGUGGAAGAAGAGCCUUCUGGGAAUCAAGAAGAAUCAAAGAGGCAGGAGGAGAAUAAAGUGGAAAAGUUGGGGAAUCAGGCUGUAGUUUUUGAGGGUGGUGGCUUGCUUGAAAAGCCAGCUCAACAAGAAUAUCUCAAAGGAAAGGGGAAGAAUAAGCAUUCUGAAAGUGAAACAGAACUGCAAAAAGAAUCUAAAUAUAUUUCCCAUCAGAGAAAUCACACUGCAGAACGUUAUAAAUGCUCUGAAUGUGGAAAGGCCUUCAUCAGGCUUGUAAGCCUCACUUCUCAUCAGAGAAUCCAUAUGGGAGAGAAACCAUUUGAGAGUUCAAAUUAUGGAAAUAGUUCUGAUCUGAGUGAAAGCAUUCCUUCCCAUCAAAGACAUCAUACUAGGCAAAAACCAUGUCAGUACUCAGAGUGUAGGAAGAGGUUCAGGUAUAGUACAGUUCUCCACUCAGAGGAAAAAACAUAUAAAAGCUUGGAAUGUGGAAAGAGCUACAGUCAGAGUGGAAAACUUACUGUGAACCAAACAAUUCACACAGAGGAGAAACCUUGCAAAUGCUUAGAGUGUGGAAAAACCUUCCGUGACAGCACAGGCCUCACUUCCCAUCAAAGAAUUCACACAGGGAAGAAACCUUACAAAUGUUUGGACUGUAGAAAGAGCUUCCGUCACAGCACAGGCCUCACUUCCCAUCAAAGAAUUCACACAGGGAAGAAACCUUACAAAUGUUUGGAGUGUGGAAAAAACUUCCGUCACAGCACAGGCCUCACUUCCCAUCAAAGAAUUCACACAGGGGAGAAACCUUACAAAUGCUUGGAGUGUGGAAAAAACUUCCGUCACAGCACAGGCCUCACUUCCCAUCAAAGAAUUCACACGGGGGAGAAACCUUACAAUUGCUUGGAGUGUGGAAAAAGUUUCUGUCACAGCACAGGCCUCACUUCCCAUCGAAGAAUUCACACAGGGGAGAAACCUUACAAAUGCUUGGCGUGUGGAAAAAGUUUCCGUCACAGCACAGGCCUCACUUCCCACCGGAUAAUGCAUUCUGGGGAGAAACCAUACCAGUGUACUAUAUGUGGAAAAUGUUUCAGUCAGAGACCACACCUGACUUCCCACAAAAGAACCCAUUCUGGAGAGAAACCGUAUAAAUGCCAGGAAUGUGGAAAAGGCUUCAGUCAGAGCUCACACCUGACUGUACACCAAAGACUCCACACAGGAGAAAAGCCAUAUAAAUGCUUGGAGUGUGGAAAGAGUUUCACAAUCAAUGGAAACCUUAAAGUGCAUUACAGAAUCCAUACUGGUGAGAAGCUGUAUAAGUGCCUGGAGUGUGGCCAAAGCUUCAGUCAGAGCUCAAGCCUUAAGAAGCAUUACAGAAUCCACAGAGGAGAGAAGUUGUAUAAAUGCCUGGAUUGUGGGAAAAGCUUCAGUGCCAGAACAUCCCUCAUUUCUCAUCAGAAAAUCCACAUAGGGGAGAAGCCAUAUAAAUGCUUGGAGUGUGGAAAGAGUUUCAGAGUCACUAGAUACCUUAGAACACAUGAAAGAAUCCAUACACAGGAGAAACAGUAUAAAUGCCUUUAUUGUGGGAAAAGCUUCAGUCAUGCCACAAGCCACAAUACGCAUAAAAGAAUCUGCACAGGAGAAAAGGCACACAAAUGCCUGCAGUGUGGAGAUAGCUUCAGUUACAGCACACACCUAAAAUCGCAUGAAAGAAUCCAUGCAGGGGAGAAGCCACGUAAGUGCAGGAAUGUGAAAAAAGAUUCAGAUGGAGAAGGGAUUUCACAUUCCACCAGAGAAUUCAUGAAGAGGAAGAAUCAUCAGACUAAGCACAACCCUUAGGGAUGUCAAAGAAUUCCCAGAAGCCCCAAAUUAUUUAAUGAUUAGAAAUUAGAUUAAUUUGGAAACUAGUUUCCUGUGAGCCCUCAAACCUUAGUAAAUAUCAGGGAAACGAGUAAUGGAGAAGCGCUUAAGGGAUCUGCGGUAAACAGAACUACAUUUACGUUAUUUACUCCUAAGCUUCCUACCAUGCUUAGACGAUAAAUAAGCAUUAGAGAAGCAAUGUUUGUGCUUGGCUGAGAAAGCCCUAAGUUAAUAAUGGAACCCAAUACCC